AUGCCCAGCAUCUUCGCCUACCAGAGCUCCGAGGUGGACUGGUGCGAGAGUAACUUCCAGCACUCGGAGCUGGUGGCCGAGUUCUACAACACGUUCAGCAAUGUCACCUUCUUCAUCUUUGGGCCUCUCAUGAUGUUUCUGAUGUACCCCUAUGCCCAGAAACGCUCCCGCUGCAUUUAUAUCACUUGGAUCCUCUUUAUGGUCAUAGGCCUAUUCUCCAUGUAUUUCCACAUGACGCUUAGCCUCCUGGGCCAGCUGCUGGAUGAGAUUGCUAUCCUGUGGCUGCUGGCCAGUAGUUACAGCAUAUGGAUGCCUCGCUGUUACUUCCCCACUUUCCUAGGAGAGAACAGGCCCCGGUUCACCUGUCUGGUCCUCAUCACCACGGUGGUCAGCACCUUCCUGUCCUUCCUGAGACCUGUGAUCAACGCAUACGCUCUCAACAGCAUCGCUGUGCACAUCCUCUACAUCGUGUUCCAGGAGUAUAAGAAGACCAACAACAAGGAGCUUCGGCACAUAAUGGAGAUGUCUGUAGUGUUAUGGGCUUUCGCGCUGACCAGCUGGAUCAGCGACCGCUUGCUUUGCAGUUUCUGGCAACGGAUUAACUUCUUUUACCUGCACAGCAUCUGGCAUGUGCUUAUCAGCAUCACCUUCCCUUAUGGCAUGGUUACCAUGGCCUUGGUGGACGCCAGGUAUGAGAUGCCAGGUCACACCCUCAAAGUCCGCUACUGGCCUCGGGACACGUGGCCCGUGGGGCUCCCCUACGUGGAAGUCCGUGAUGACAAGAACUGCUGAUGUCUGCCAGCUUCUUGACCAGCCAACCACCUGCCAAGUCAAGUCCCCAGUGUCUUGAGGAAGGAGGACUGGAUCAGGAGUCUGAGAGACACUCACGGUUCUUUCCUCCAGCUCCCUUUCCCCUUCCUCCUCGUCCUGCACGGCCCCACCCCAAGACAGGGGACCUCGCGACCCUUCCGUGCAGUAGUCUGAUGACCUGGGGGAGCUGCCCGGCAUAGGUCCACUCCACGACCCGCCCUUAUUCUCUUUCAGUUCCUCUUUUCUGUUCACUUUGUGAGGCUGGGUCACCACGGGCUGCGAUCACCCGGCAUCCACUGCGAACGGCCUCAGGCUGGGGCUUGGUCCCCGGGCAUCUCAUAGAUAGCGGUGGUCACUGCUGGACCUGUCCUUGGCCAUGCAAUGAGCUCACGGUUUGUGAGUUCGAGCCCCGCGUCGGGCUCUGUGCUGACAGCUCGGAGCCUGUUUCCGAUUCUGCGUCUCCCUCUCUCUCUGCCCCUCCCCCGCUCAU